AUACAUUGCUGCUCGACAGAUGAUCAGAUCAACUUGAAGAACAGUCUGCCUGAAAAUGCCAUACAACCUCCACACAAUCGGUCAGUUUCUACUGAUUGAUCGAACAAAAUGUACAACCAGUGAACUUCCAUCAACUGAUCGGCUUUUCAUCAGAUGAGAUAAUGGGCUAGCAAGACCUACUAGUACUAUCAAGUGGUGAAUGAUCCCGAAACACAGCAAUGUCUUGUGAUCAAAAUGAUGUGAUGCGUGCAGACAAGCUCACCGGUGGUCUACACGUCAACAGUGCGGCAUCUUCCUUUACUUUUUGGGUAAUAUAUGCUGUUCGCCCAUCUUACUUCCUCAGAAAACGUAUCAUGUCGUCCUCAGGCCCCACUCUUGCUCAGAUUGAAGUCGUGGCCAUUGUCCUCACCGUCGUGGCUGUCAUUGUCACAAUCUUUCGCUUGUGUAUUCGUGCGCAGCAGAAACGUCUGUGGAUCGACGAUGCGUGGGCGGCCCUCAGCAUGAUAUUCAACUUCAUGCUAUUAAUUGUUGAUUGCUUGUAUGCGCAAGAUUACGAAAGAUACCCUCAAGGUGCAAGGGUAGCAAUAUAUUACAUCUGUAUGGUCAUCGAGGUUAUCCAUAUUGUUUACCAUUGUGCGACUCACAGUCCCGAGAACCUUUUUUAGGAGGGUUCUCAUGUUCACUGCCAUUAUCUUCGGCAUUGUAUGGGCUCUACUUUUUUCACAAAUCUGGUGGAUUUGUGAAACUGAGUCCAGUUGGAAAUCACAACCACAUCCGCAAUGCGAUCUCGGCAGAAGUGUUGCAAUAACACAGAUGAUCACCGACAUUCUAGGGGACUUUUUCCUCGUCCUUACUCCUUUUUACUUCA